UAAAUAAUUAUAAAAUGAACAUCAUGAGGAGAUCAAGACAAGGCUUGAUAAAAGAGCACUAACAGGAUGAACAGUGAGGGCAAACUCCUGGAGAAGUUGGCCUCUAGUUUUAGCUACUCGUCAUUUAAAUCUGAUGUUCAGAGAAGAGCAAUACUGACCAUUUUUGAGGGGGCCAGGAAUGUGUUUGUCUCCAUGCCCACUGGCUCAGGGAAGUCACUAUGCUACCAACUACCAGCCCUGCUCUCUAAAGGAAUCACAUUGGUACUAUCACCACUCAUAGCGUUGAUUGAAGAUCAGGUUGUACAACUGAAACAGAAAGGAAUCAGUGCCGACUCGCUUAACUCUAAAACUAACGCGGCUGACCGCAAGAGAAUCAUGACUGAUUUAUCGAGCAAGGCACCCAGUAUCAAACUCCUGUAUGUCACUCCAGAGAUGGUUGCAACUAAGAGUUUCCGUGGUUUCCUGGAGUCACUCCACAAGUUUGGGAAGAUAGCCCGAGUGGCGGUGGAUGAGGCUCACUGUGUGUCCGAGUGGGGACAUGACUUUAGACCAGACUACCUCAAAUUGGGCAAUCUACGAAGGGAAUUUCCCCUUGUUCCCUUCAUUGCCCUCACGGCCACUGCUACUGGGCAUGUGCAGAGGGACGUGCUCCAAUCCCUGGACAUGUCUCCCGUGGAGAUGUUCAAGGCCAGCUGUUUCCGUCCGAACCUCUUCUAUGAUGUCAUGUGCAAGGAAGUCAUUAAAGACCCUUUGAAGGAUCUUCGUGAUUUUGCAUCGGCUGCCCUGAGUCUUGAUCAUACCCCCAGACCCUCGGCCUCCACCGGACAACACCUCCCUCCCUCUGGUGGACACACGGGCUGUGGGAUAGUCUACUGUCGUACACGUGACGGCUGUAACUCACUGGCCGGUAGACUCUCCAACAAGGGCAUCAAGGCAAAGGCCUAUCACGCUGGCCUGAAGGGCAACUUACGGUCUGAGGUACAAUCCCAGUGGAUGAGUGGGGAGGUCCCUGUGAUUGUGGCCACCAUCAGCUUCGGUAUGGGUGUGGACAAGGCCAAUGUCAGAUUUGUUGCUCACUGGACCCUACCCAAGUCCAUGGAGGCGUACUAUCAGGAGUCAGGUCGGGCAGGCAGGGAUGGGCAGCUGUCCAACUGUCGUAUCUAUUACUCAAGGUUCGAUCGUGAUGAUCUCGUGUUUUUGCUAAAGAAGGAGGCCAGUAAGAAAUCAAAGAAAGCCAAACACUACUCGGGAUCCCAGGGUGGAGGUACCGUCAAGGAAGCCACUCAAAAGAGUUUCGAGUCACUCGUUAAGUACUGCGAAGAAGCAAGAUGCAGACACUGUGUGAUUGCAGAGUAUUUCGGUGACCCAAAACCGAACUGCAACAAGAUGUGUGACUAUUGCAAGUGUCCUGCUGGAGUGAAGCAGCUGGUGAAGUCACUACAGCUGUGUGCAGGCAAGUCAGGAGGUCUCGGCUCUCGUGUUGGAGACUCCUCUAAAGCUGGACAUCCAGUCCCCUCUCUUUAUGGUGGUGGUCGUUUUGGAUAUAAGAAUGACAUGGACAAUGGUAGUGACAGUGGUGGGUCAUCAGAUCAGAGUGGCAGUGACGAAGAUGGGCACCAAAGAAAGAGGAGAAGACCGGCCAAUGAGUCGCUGGGACUAUUUGAGAAUGACUUCUUUCAGGAAGAGUUCAAAAAAAGAAGAAGAGUGAGCCACAAGAAAGAUAUCCAACGCCCAGGCCCUGACUGUAAACUGAUAGAGGCAAGCAACUUCACUCGAAUCCCCAACCUUACUCUAAAGGUGAGAGAGCACUGCCUUGACAUGGUGAGGAAGGCCCUAGAAGAGAAUGCACUGGCCAUGAGAGCCCCAGUCUGUGAUGAGGAGGAGAGGGCACAGGGUUUGGAGCACUCAGUGUUCACCUCCUGUAGGCUACCCCAAGCCUACAAACUAGCCAUUCACAAAAAGACUUCUGAAGUGAAUCAGUACACCAAAACACAGCGCCUGUAUUCUAACUUUGAAGCUGAUUCAACUAAAGCAUCCCCUUUAAAAGACAGUGAACCACAUACUAGUGGUUUUGUGAAAGCAUCAGAUCUGGUCAGUAAAAACAGCAUCAUAUUGCAAGAAGCUUCUCUCUUGACGUCUCCAAGAAAGUCAUUUUUGACCUCUAAGCCCACCACCAAACGACCUGUUGUGUCGCCGAGCAAACUUAAGAAAACUGUUUGUAGCUCAAAGAUCACAAGCUUCUUUAACGAGAUAACUGAACCUCCAGCUACUGUUGACAGCACGGGGCCAGUGGGGUCAGUGGUGGAUAACGUGGACAGCACAGGGUCAGUGGGGUCAGUGGUGGCUGCUGUGACUCCCUUCUCUCCAGCUAAAGUUGUUGCUUCUAAGAACAGUUUGCUGGGUUUGGACGAACCCUCACCCACACUGGCCACCACCUCCACCCACUCCACACCCACACCCACACGGGUCACCACCUCCACCCACUCCACACGCCUCAAGGCAUCAAGUGCAGGUGUUUCCAUGGCUCCUACAAGACGUAAAGCUAUUGCUGAUUCUGUGGUUCGAGUGCUCACACCGUUUUAUAAGAAAGGGAAGAUCUCAUCUAAAGAAAUUUUUAAGAAAUUUGCCAAAAGGAUGUCAGAGUAUUUGCUGACCACUGCCGACCACACCCAUGAGAGUGGUUACCAUGACGUUGUCUCACCAAUCAUUCAGAAGUACUUUAACACAUUCAAACAAUUUUCAUCCAGUGACGAUCUCUCAAAAUUAGACAAGUUUUUGUCAUCUUGAUCAAUUAUAACUAAUAUUAUAUCAUAAUCAAAUCAUUCCAAAUCAUGCAUUUAAUAUAAUUAUAAUUAAUUGUAUAA